AUGGCCAAGUUCCCGGAAAUCGAGGGCGGUGGCUCUCUGAUGCUCGCCUGGCAGAUCCGCAAUAAGCUGGUUCUGAUGGUGGGCGGCGGCGAGGUAGCCGCCGGUCGCAUCUUGAACCUCCUCAACUCGGAUGCCAAAAUCCGUCUCAUCAGCCCCCGUGACGGCCUCAACGAUGAGGUCGCCCACCGCGUCGAACAGGGUCUCGUCGAAUACAUCGAUCGCACCUUCGAGCCCUCGGACCUUGACGACCCCGCCAUUGCCAUGGUCAUGACCGCCAUCGACGACCCAGAAGCCUCGACCAUGAUCUGGAAGUUGUGUAAAGAGAAGAGGAUUGUUGCCAAUAUUGCAGAUGUCCCGCCAGAGUGUGACUUCUAUUUUGGAAGCCAGUACAGAGAUGGUCCUCUGCAAAUCAUGGUCAGCACCAGCGGUAAUGGCCCCAGGAUGGCAAACAUUGUUCGCAGGAGAAUUGCUGCCAGCUUGCCUCCCAACAUGGGCGAAGCCAUCAAGAAGGUCGGUGCCCUGAGGAAGAAGCUGAGAGUCGUCGCUCCUGGUAACGAAGAGGGUCCCAAGAGAAUGAAGUGGUAUGUAUACCCCUCACUCUGCUAG